AUGGCAUACCCGGAGAUCUUUCCAAAACAACACCAAAUCGUUUGCGUACGUAUUGUACCUAAAGCCUCAACAGGCAGCCUUACUGUAACGGCACAGCAACAGCAGCAGCGAAUAAUUAUUUUCCGCGUUUGCGCCAUUUCCCCACCCUUCCUGCGCCUUCUAGCUCAACGCGGGGCUUACUCUAGAGUACUACCGCAUGAGGAAGCAUGUAAGAUCUCAGGAGCUCGCGAGACGCGUGCAUAUCCAGCAGAAAUGCAGAACAGAAGGGGGGAAGGUGGAGCCGGGAAGGAAAGGAUUCUUUGGUUUUUCUCGAAAUGGACGGUCGAUGAAGGAUCUGUACGAAAAGGCUACCGAGACGAGACACCUGGGCAGGGAUGGUGUAUGGUGUGGUGUCUUCUCAAAGGUGGAGGUAGGGAAAUCCUUGCCGCCCCUUCACCCGAUAUCGACUUAUGUGGCCUGCCUCAAGGCCUGUUCCUGGUUGACGAUCAUUAA